GACUGCCACAUCAAGCGGCCGAUGAACGCCUUCAUGGUGUGGUCCCGCGGCCAGCGGCGCAAGAUGUCGCAGGACAACCCGCGCAUGCACAACUCGGAGAUCUCGAAGCGGCUCGGCGCCGAGUGGAAGCUGCUGACCGAGGAGGAGAAGCGGCCCUUCAUCGACGAGGCCAAGCGACUCAGAGCGUUGCACAUGAAGGAGCACCCCGACUACAAGUACAAGCCCCGGAGGCGGCCGAAACUCACCGCCACAAGCGGAAGAAGCGAGCCCAGGUUCCCGAUGUGCUUCCCGGAGCUGGAGCGAGCGCCGUUCCCGGAGCUGGAGCGGGUUGCCGUUCGGGCGUCGCCGGAGCGGAGAGCGGGCGCCACCGCGAGUCGCGAGGAGUCGGACGAGGAGAUUGACGUUACGAAUGUGGCCGACGUCGGUGACGCGCCCGUGGAUCUCUCCACCUCGACGGAGGUCGGUCCCCAUGGUUAG